AUGUCAGUUCAGCUUAGCUUGUCUCUUGACAAGAACAAGGUCUAUCGUCACUAUGAUAUCGUGCCUCUUGUAAUGGAGCUAGAAGUAAGGGAAAAGCUUUUGCUACGCAACUUGUAUCUUGUGUUUGAAGGUACCUGUACCGUCACGGCUCCCUCAGACGACAAGCUGAUUAUGCCUCGGAAAGAAAUCAAAACUUUUGAUAAAAUCACUUCCUUGAGAGAAUUCGAAAAUACUUUUGUUGUUCGUCGCCAGGCAAUCAUAUCGAGAAAUAAAACUUUCAGGCCUGGAAACUACACCAUUGAAUACGACUUUCGACUCCCAGCUGCCGAAACCUACUGCAAAAAGCAAGACAUCCUUCCAAGAAACUGUUCUACAGAUAACCAUAUGGGCUGUUUUAACAACGGCAACAUCCAUGAGGGCGAAUUUGUCCUGAUCCCCAUGCGGACGCCGCUACCUAUAAACUCCACAGCAAAUUCAACUCCGCUGAUCACCACACCCAAGAGGCACCAGCUGCCGCGGCAGAUUCGACUGGAACACAAGGAAACUUGCACGAACCCCCAGGACUGCAGCUUUGCUCUUCCUGAUAGCCUGAACGAAGAGGACGCUUCCGAGGGAACCCUUCCCCUUAUCCACAAAUGGACUCAUACGCAUUCUAUUCUUUGUGUCAUACCGGCACCCAGCAAAGAGUUGAUCUUCUGCGGAACACAAGAUUCUAAUAUCUUGGUGUUCGACUUGAAGAGCUACAGCAUCAAACACGUCAUAAAUUGUGGCAGGAACCAUUUUGCCACCUCAGUUCUUUGCCUCACUAUUAGCCCGGAUGAACGAUUCUUGUUCAGCGCAGGCUCAGACUCAUUGGUGAAAGUGUGGGAUCUUUCACCUUUCGAUGACCCUGACGCUACUGACUACACAAUUUCAUGCACUCAUAUCAUCUAUUCGUGUAUGGAUAUAGGUGAUAUUUUUUCCAUUUACUGGUCCGAGAAACUUUCUGCAUUGUUCAUUGGUUCCCAGAAUGCUUCGAUUCUGUGGUGCCGCCUAGCAUUGGACCGUGACUCAAGUUCCACCCACACAACUUCCAUCGAGCGUCUCCCUCAUUUCAGGUACGACAAGUUCUUUGAUUCAAAAGGUCCUGGUGGGUCAAUGAAUAAAAUCCAGUCCGCUCACCAAAUGCUCAAGAAGAGCUCCAGUUCGGAGUUUGGACCAUGCCUAGUGGAGAUUCAAAAUUCUGAUAUCAUUCGCUUCGCACACAAUGGCUAUGUCUACUGUUUGGAUUCCUUGACAGAGCUUAACGCUGCAGCCUUCUGUGACCUCUACACCUCACUAGAAGGCUCAAUCAAACUUUCUCUUAUUAGUAAGCUCGAAAACGACGAAGCCAUCUUGUCAAUGCACAUUAUUGACUCGACAAUUUGUGUUGGGUUAAGUGAUUCAACGAUCAACGCUUGGGACUUGACAACAUCUCAGCUCACACGUUCCUUUAAGUUCAUCUCAACAAGUGCAAGAACAGAUGAAGUUCUCUCGUUGUGUAUCCACAACGGUUGCAUCUACAAAGCCACAAAUAUGGGAGGGCUUUGCAAGUUCCCGCUCAAAAGUGACAUCCAUAGCGAUGGACCCGAUGGAGAUGACGAAUCUAAGUCACAUCCUGUGAGAAGCGCAGUGAAUUUUAAUAAUUUGCCUCACGAGGAGUUUUCAAAUUUAGAGGAGGGCUCUGUCUUCACUGUUCAGGCUUUCAAAUUCAGGAACUCGACAUAUCUUCUUUCGGGCGGUGGUGGCUCCCUAUGUCUUUGGAAUAUCACUGAUGUAGGAGAAAAAUCGACCGUCUCAUCAAGCGAAGCAAGUGGUCUUCUCAAUUUUACAAGUGGUAUUGAAACCUCCAACGAGCACUUGCUCGAAUCCUUGAGAAAGAUUAUAUCGUACAAGACCAUUUCGAAGUACCCAAGCACCUAUCUUGAAGAUUCCAGAAGAUGCGCUCAGUUUUUGAAUAAGCUUUUGCGUUUGCUUGGGGCAUCUGAGUCCAAAUUGUUACCUGUUCCUAAUUGCAAUCCUGUCGUCAUGGGUCGGUUCCUGCGAAACGACAAAUCGACUCUCCACACAGAGCGAAAAACUCUUUUGUGGUAUGGGCAUUAUGAUGUCGUGGAAGCGACUGCCGACAAAGAGUGCUGGUCCACCGAUCCAUUUCAACUAGUUGCAAAGGAUGGAAACCUUUACGCGAGGGGUGUAUCAGACAACAAAGGGCCUACGUUAGCUGCAUUUUAUGCUGUACUGGAUCUACACAAGAAAGGCGAACUUCCAAUAGAUGUGGUAUUUGUCAUUGAAGGUGAAGAGGAGUGUGGUUCGAUUGGGUUUCAGAAGGUCAUCAACGAGAAUAAGGUCUACAUAGGCGUUGUUGACUACAUCCUUUUAUCAAACUCUUAUUGGCUUGAAGACGAGGUCCCAUGCCUCAAUUAUGGAUUGAGAGGAGUAUUGAAUGCAUCUCUUAGUGUGACAUCGGAGAAACCUGAUAGACAUUCGGGAGUGGAUGGAGGAGUGUCAAAAGAACCAACCAUGGACUUAAUUCAAAUUUUGGGUCAACUCAUCUGUCCAAAUCUGAAUAAGAUACAAAUUCCUGGGUUUUACGAUGAUGUUUUACCAAUCGAUGAGACAGAGUUGCAGCUUUACCAAAAAAUUAAGGACGUAUCAAGAUCCCAAAAUCUAUCCAACGCCGAUCUUGACACACUUCUUGCUAAGUGGAGAAAUCCAUCCUUGACAAUUCAUAGACUUGAUGUAUCCGGGCCGAAGAACAAUACCGUCAUAUCAAAGAGGGCCCAAGCCUCGGUGUCGAUCAGAGUCGUUCCUAAUCAAGAUCUACACAAAAUAAAGGAAGUAUUCACCUCCUACAUGCGGAAAUGUUUUGAUGCUUUGAAGACGGAAAAUGAACUCAAAAUCGAUAUUUUCCACGAGGCUGAACCAUGGUUGGGCAACCCGAAUAAUCUAGUUUUCAAGAUACUUCACCAGAACAUAAAGAAAAAUUGGGGACCCACAUAUCCGGACCCAUUGUUCAUAAGAGAAGGUGGAUCCAUUCCGUCGAUUCGUUUCUUGGAGAAGACUUUCAAUGCACCCGCCGCACAGAUCCCAUGCGGACAAGCUAGCGAUAACGCCCACCUUAAAGACGAAAAACUUAGAAUUAUAAAUCUCUUCAAGUUGAGAAGUAUUCUUGCUGACUCAUUUAGAGAUUUGGGUCAUCAACAGCAAACAAAAUAG